CUCAUGAAAUUUUCAGUUUAGUUUGUAUUGUGGUUCUGUGGUCAUGCUUUUCUGCCUUUAUUCCGUAUACAUUGUAAAAAAAAAUUCCCCUAUAUUUUAACACAGAAUAUCAGAAUUAUACACAAAGUUUACAGUAUUUUUAAUAAUGUAUUCUCAUUAACAUGUACUCAAACAACUUGAAGAAAGACAGAUUAUUCUUAAUAAUAAAAACAUUGUGAUAAUUGAAGUCAGUGAAAUUCUAUCACAGCAAGAGGGGGAAUGCUGGUUGUUUCAACUUAGUUGUCAACUCAUUGGCUUUUUAUUUGUUUGUAAAAAAAAAUGUUUACAAAAGUUAUAAUUAAACAAAUUAGCUAAAACAAAAACACUUGUCAAAAAUAAAAGGAUAAGCAUCUAAAUAUAUCUUUCUAUGAAAGCAGACAGUGCUGUAGUAGCUGUAGUUUAGGGCCCCAGGCUGAUUCUUAUAUGAUCGCACUGGUGCAACUAACUUUCUCAGUUGGUCGCACCAACUCACAAUUUGGUUGCAUCUGUUUUUAUUAAUAAGCGUGCACUGUUGAGAAAAUGUCAGUGGACUAAAAAAAUAUAUUUUCAGAUAACUAAACCAAUAAGUUCAGUACUUCACUUUAGUUAGCUGAAAUUAUUGGAUUCUGCUUUAAAAUCUUAAGCUAGCUGAAAUUAUUGAAUUCCUCUUUAAAUACUUAAGUUAGCUGAACUUAUUAGAUUCCGCUUUAAAACCUUAAGUUAGCUAAACUUAUUCAAUUCUGCUUAAAAAAUUAAGUUAGCUGAACUUAUUGGAUUCUGCUUUAAAACCUUAAGUUAGCUAAACUUAAUGGAUUCCGCUUUAAAACCUUAAGCUACCUAAAGUUAUUGGAUUCCGCUUUAAAACCUUAAGCUUGCUAAACUUAUUGGAUUCCGCUGUAAAAACUUAAGUUAGCUGAACUUAUUUGAUUCCGCUUAAGUUUUUAAAGUUAGCUGGACUUAUUGAAUUUUGCUUUAAAAUCUUAAGCUACGUACAGUAAACUUAUUGGAGUCCACUUUAAAAACUUAAGCUAGCUAAACUUAUUAAAUUUCGCUUUAAAAACUUAUGUUAGUUGAACUUAGUGGAUUCCGCUUAAGUUUUUAAAAGUUAGCUGGACUUAUUGGAUUCCGCUUUAAAAACGUAAGUUAGCUGAACCUAUUGGAUCCUACUUGAGUUUUUAAAGUUAGCUGGACUUAUUGGAUUCAGCUUAAGUUUUUAAAGUUAGCUGAACUUAUUGGAUUCCGCUUUAAAAUCUUAAGCUAGCUGAACUUAUUAAAUUCCACUUUAAAAGCUUAAGUUAGUUGAACUUAGUGGAUUCCGCUUAAGUUUUUAAAAGUUAGCUGGACUUAUUGGAUUCCGCUUUAAAAACUUAAGUUAGCUGAACCUAUUGGAUCCUGCUUAAGUUUUUAAAGUUAGCUGAACUUAUUGGAUUCCGCUUUAAAACCUUAAGCUAGCUGAACUUAAUGAAUUCUGCCAUAAAAAAACUUAGGUUAGUUAAACAUAUUGAAAUCUGCUUUAAAAUUUAAGUUAGCUGAACUUAUUGGAUAGUUUUAAAAACUAAAAUAAUCCACGCAAAAAAAAUGAAUUCAGUCAAUUAAGUCAAAAUACAAAGCCUGUGUAUUUUAAAUACUGAGACUGAUUAUUUUGGGAAAACAUCAAAAUACGUUAUACACCUCUAAGGCGACAGAAAGCCGGUUGAUGCGUUUACAUGCGGAGUGAAAUCUGUAUAACUUAAAAUCCAAAAAUCUAGCACUAUUUACAGUAACAUUUCCCUAAAUGAAUAUGUAUUAUUUGUUAUAAAAGUUGAAAAUAAAAAAAGAUAAAAAUCCUAGUUAGUAUUUCUACACUAAUAUUAAAGUUAUACUACUUUAAUCUAUAUGAACAUAAUGAGGGAUUUCUCACGAGACAACAAAGCAUGUCAUAUUUUAUGUUAUAAUAUUUUUAACUUCAUGCAGAAAGUCGGAGUGGAACUGAUAUACGCUGUGUGUUGUUCAGGUGUGUUUGCUGAUUCAGAUGUAGUGAUGUCAGUGAUGGAGGGAGAUUCAGUCACUCUGGAGUCUGGUGUUGCUGAAAUAAAGAAAGAACAUGUGGUAAAGUGGCAGUUUGGAAAUAAAAAUAAAACUAUAGCUCAAAAGAAACUGUCCGGAAACUUCUCCACAUCUGAUGUUUAUAUGGAAUUCAGAGACCGACUGAAGCUGGAUCAUCAAACUGGAUCUCUGACCAUCAUGAACACCACAACAGCACACUCUGGACUUUAUAAACCAGUCAUCAGCGGCUACACAAAGACCAAAUACUCUCUCAAUGUAUACGCUCAUCUGCCUGUUCCUGUCAUCACCAGUAAAUCCUUAAACUCUUGUUCAGUGUUGUGUUCAGUUGUGAACAUGAGCGCUGUGAGUCUCUCUUGGUACAAAGGAAACCGUUUAUUCUCCAGAAUCAGUGUGUCUGAUCUCAGCAACAGUCUGCAUCUAGAUCUGAAGUGUCUGGAUGAUUCCUACAGUUGUGUGGUGAACAUUUCAAAUACCAAACAGACCACACAUCUCACCAACACUGAACUCUGUCAACCAUGUCCAGGACCAUCAAAAUGUGAACAACUCAAUAUCACUGAACUCUGCCAGACACAUGCAGUACACGUCGGUGGUUGUGAGUCUACUGAAGCUGUGCUCCGAUUGGUCGUCACUAUAGUGAUGGGCGUGGCUGCUGCGGCUGCUGUUGUUCUCCUGGUCAAUGACAUCAGAUCUACAAGAGCUUCAAUGAUGAAAACAGGAGAUUUAUCAUAAAUAUCAAGAUGCACAUUAGAGUCUUAUUAAGCCAAAAUGAAAAUAUAUCCUUUAAAUAAAUAUAACAGUUUAAUUAAAUGCCUACUUUCACCACUGGCACUAGUGUGCCAUAUAUUGUAUUUUGAUGCAAGCGUCACUAUUACAGAAGCAUUGCUGUUUUUUGUUUUGUUUUCAUUUGACUUUCACUUUUAUGUGUGACCUCGUGCUUUGGCUUGUUUUUGAAUUUUAAGGAAAGUAUACUUUGUAAAGUUUUGUGUCAACGUUACAUAUUGGUUUCUUAUUUCAUAACAAAGGAUCCAGCUUUAUUUUGGCAGACAUCGAUAAUGUACAAGAGGUGAUGUUUUACAUGGAUACUGGACUCAAGUAUGUCUUAACAGAGAUAUUCCUGUGUAACAUUUGACUGUUAAACUAUGAUAAAAAUAUUUGUAUUUGUGUGGAAAGAGAUGUGUUUCAGUUUUGGCUUAAAUAAAGGAGUAAUGGCUUGAUUUUUAUAUACCUAGUAUACAGAAGGAAAUUGUGUGGUAUUUAAUACUUGUAAUACUUGUAAUAAAUUCAUAGCUAGUUA